AUGGUAAACAAGGAGAAAGCCGUCAAGCGCUGCGAGACCUUGAUCACGCACACUCGGCUGCUGCAACAAACAACGGAGAAAUAUCAGGGAGAGUUUGCGGCGAAUGCCAAACAGGCUUACGCGAGUACACAGGCUGCGCUCAAGAAAGCAGGUCUCUCCAGUAUCGAUGAUCUGGUGAAACAAGUCACUGCUGAACUUCCAAAGAAGGAAGCGGAUACUUUCCUGGCGGAGCUCGACAAGAUGAAGCCAACCGAUGGCAUGAUAAACCUGCUCACUGGAGGAGCUAAAGAGUUCAUUGACAUUGGAAUCUACCUCAGCAAGACUGUUUCCUCAUUCCUUGCUUCGAUUGCGCAACGAGCCGUGGCUCUGGAGGCAUCCCAAGCCGCGCUGGCGGCUUCAAACAGUCAGAUGUCCGCAAGUGAGAUUGCAAAAUUGACUGAGAAGUUCAAGAUUGGGACUGCGGAGGAGAUCCCAAUCAUUGAAGAACAGGGCGGGAUCGCACUUACCUCUGAGGAAAUUGUUGCGCAAGACGCCUUAAGUGUUGUACGGGCAGGCAUGUUGGAGGAAGAGAUCAUCGGGGCCGAGGCGAUUGCUGCAGCUCGAGGGCUUGCGCGAGCUGGCAUCGCCAUGGAACUAUUUUCCAGUCUCAGAGAAGACGCGCAGGCUGCGAAACUCAAGGCAAUCAUUGACAAGACUUCGACUGCUCGGCUCUACGUCCAAGUCGAAGAAAAGACUGCAGUGGCGUAUUCGUCUCUAAAUGCUGAGAUUGAGAACAUUGCGGAAGCAUACGUUGACAGGGAGACCAAACCGCAAAAGUUCCAGAAAGCACUCGAUCGAUUCACAAAGUCGGCCGGCAAUUUGCUGCCGAACGUAGAUGAGGUCUACGCCCAGCUCUUCGAGGGUGAUGCGCAGGGAGGGUCAUGGGUUGGGGAUGACCCAUCUCUGGAGCAGAUGAAGAGUAUGCAUGAUGACGAGAUCAGGGUCCGUAAUAGUUAG